AUGUCUCUGUCUGGCGACAUCUCGUCUGCGAUGCCCCUUGUCGCAAUCCUGCUUCCUGCGCUUGCAAUAGUGGUGCUCUGGGCUACUGGCUACCUCAACACCCUCGUGUACCUUCGACAGGGCAAAGGCGACAUUCAGCGGCCAGCGACGUAUGCGUAUGGCUCCGUUCGGCAGUAUCCAAAAGUCUCCCUUUACAGGAAGGCAGAGGAGUUCUUCUACUACACAUACUAUCGCUUGUUUGCCAUCUACAAGAGUGGGCGCAUGCCACCGCACGUUCUUUAUGGAGAGAACUUCAUUGAGGAAUUCUUGGUCACGGGUAUUCAGUUGAAGCCAAGAGUAGUGGUUACUCCGAUGCGAGCUCGAGGCACGGCACUCGACAUUGACUGGAUGGGAGAUUGGAAGAAGAGCAAGCAAACCAAUGAGCUCAUCAAUGCUGCUUCAUUCGACUAUGGUGGUUUCGGCUUCCUUGAGGCUGGCGCCGUCGACGUGCUAGCGAAUUGUGUCACUCGCGUACCGCACGUCUCUUUAGAGGGCACAGAGCUCAUUGCACAGGCUGCAUGUGAAGCAGGCGCCAGAUUUCUUGGCUAUGACUUCUGUCACUUUGCAACGAGUGGCUAUACGAUGAAUCUCCUUGCCUUCCCAGCUCUAGCAAAUGCUGGCACUGCUCAGGGCAAGAAGACCAUCUUCUUCAUGGAUUCUUCCAACCACAACUCUAUGUUUGUCGGAGGCUACGUUUCCAAAAAUGCUCGACUGGUACGAUUUAUUCACAAUGAUAUCGUCGACCUGGAAGAGAAGCUCGCUUCCUUUGCCGACAAGCCUGACUUGAAUCUUGUUGUCGCUAUUGAGGGCAAUUACAGCAUGGAAGGAGGUCUUCCGCCGCUUCCAGCUAUUGUGGCACUGAAGAAGCAGUACGGGUUCCAGAUCUACAUUGAUGAGGCACACUCUUUCCUAUCGAUCGGCAAUACCGGCAGAGGCAUCAUCGAGCACUAUCAAGAUUUGGGCCAUGCUCUCAGCGCGAGUGAUGUGGACUGCGUCGGUGCUACCCUCUCAAAGUCCGCCGGAACAGUGGGAGGUGUCAUCGUUACAAGCGACUCCUUCUUAUCACAGCAUUUGACUCUUCGAGACCAAGAGUGGCAAGCAACCGGCGGCGGUGGUGAGCUACCGACAGUUGUCAAGAUGCGCAUGAUGCAAAUUUGGAAGAAGGAGGAAAUGAUCAAGUCGCGUAUGGCUGCUCUCAAGCAACAUACAACAUACAUCUUGGAGAGCCUUCACCACGCAGGUCUAGUCGUGCACUCGGACUAUCUUUCCCCUGUCAUUGUCAUCAUCACAAUCACACUCAGCGGGUGCGCCAGAUUCGGAGCCGAAUGCCGUCGCUUGGGCCUUGCCGUGACCAUGGCCGGUCCUCCAGCGACUGAGCUCUGGCGCUCUGUCGGAAGACUUUGCAUCAAUGCACUCCUGUCACCGGACGAUGUUGAACAAGUUGUGAAACUCGCUGUCCAAGCAGCGGUCAAUACUGGUGUGACUGAUUCUUCAGCACUGAAGCGAAUCCAGUCCCUGCGAUACAAUUUCAAGGAACUCGGUCCUGCAAAGGAGGCUAUAACCGUGCAGAACGCAACUGUGGACUCGGACCUGCGCACGCUUCUCGAUCGACAAGUUGUCGCAAAUCGCAGCAAGACACUUUCACUACAUAAGAGCCACUUGUUGGAAUCCGCGCGACAGGUGCUAGAGUCUCAAGGCGUCGGCUCUUCGUCUGUACGCUUGUUUUGGGGUACCCAAUUGGCUCAUGUCAAGUGCGAACACGUUCUGGGCCAAUUGCAUCCGUCUUUGACGAAAGCAUUGAAGUCAACGCAUGCGAUGAUCAUGACAGAUGCGCGCAAUGCUGUGACAUCGACACUGGCAGCUUGCAUUUCGCCCUUGGCCGACAAGAAAGGCUAUCAUCUUGUGCUCAUUCCUCAAUCAGCUGGUCCGCAAGUCCUAGAGGCUCUCAUGUCGAUGAAAAAAUCUGCUGCUGUUGGUUUCACUUUCUAUGAUAAUGUAAUGGAGCUUGGCAGCGUGGUGGGCAAGACUUUGGACCAGAACAACAAGCGUGUCCAUCUGACAGUGAUGCUGGAGACUUUGAAUGGCUCGGAACCAAUUUUUCUACCAGACGUCCUGUCGCAGCUGCGAAAUGACCACCGCUAUUUGAAGCGCAUCUCUGGCGUGCAAAUUCUGCUCAAUGAUAGCCAGACGUUUGGCCGACUUGGCUCCAAACGUCUCGGGUAUUUGAAUUGGCUGGCCGAUAAGGUCGGGGAGAAUGGCUUGAAGAGCGCGCUGGACGCGCUUGAGAAGCCGAUCCGUUUCCUCGUCAUGGGAUCGUUUCACGAGGCUUUCGGAUUGCAGGGUGGCUUCGUCAUCAGCGAGGAGUACCUCAUCAAAGUCCUCCAUUGGACAUCUCGAGCAUUCAUUUUCUCGACCGCACCGCUGCCAUACAACAUCGAGAUGGCACGUCUAUCAGUCGAGCAGCUUCAACAAGGCGCAAUUCCCGCGAAAGAGCAGGCAACUGCCACGGAUUCUGCUGAGCAGAUCGUGGCCAGCCUUGCAUUGUAA